AGGCGGUGCCUGUAUUAACGCGUGUGACAUCCUCGGUCUUUCUGCCAGAGGGGUUCGGGGAAAGAUAAAAAGUAGUUUUCGCCUCCUUUUUUGCCCAACCCACCAUCCAAAGGAAAGGCGGAAUACAUAAUUACACAUUUAUUUAUUUUUUGUGUGAUAGACGGGGAGAAGGAGCGCGCGCUACACCGACAGGCUUCCCCAUUAAAUGCAUCGAUAGCAGCCUCAAUAGGCAGCACGCUCGCACCCUGUUCCGUGAUUGUGCGUUUCACCCACAAGGUUACAUCUGUGAAGAUAAAUCGGCUUUUUUUUCGUCAGGAAGGUUGGCAUUUCCCCCGCGCUUACCGCCAUGAAUAAGCUGUACAUAGGCAACUUGAGCGAAGAAGCGAGCCCGUUGGAGUUGGAAAGUAUCUUCGAGGAGUCAAAGAUUCCUGUCAAUGGUCCGUUUCUUGUGAAAACGGGCUAUGCGUUUGUGGAUUGUCCCGACGAGAAGAUCGCUAUGAAGGCCAUAGACAUUAUUUCUGGUAAGGUAGAACUUCACGGAAAGCUCCUGGAAGUGGAACAUUCGGUCCCAAAAAGACAGAGGAGCUGCAAGCUGCAGAUCCGGAACAUUCCACCACACAUGCAAUGGGAGGUCUUGGACGGCUUGCUGGCUCAGUACGGGUCUGUGGAGAGCUGUGAACAAGUGAACACGGAGACGGAGACGGCCGUGGUGAACGUGAAAUACGGCGCGAAGGACCAAGCCCGACAGGCGAUGGAGAAGCUGAACGGGUUCCUCAUGGAAACCUAUGCGCUGAAGGUCAGCUUCAUCCCGGACGACACGGUGUCCCAGGACCCCCCCACGUUGCCGGGGCGACGGGGCUUCGUGCCGCGCGGCCCCCCCCGGCAGGGCUCCCCGGGGGCGGGGCCAGGGCUGGGGGCGCGGCCCAAACUGCAGUCGGACGUUCCGCUGCGCAUGCUGGUGCCCACGCAGUUCGUGGGAGCGAUCAUCGGCAAGGAGGGGGCCACCAUCCGCAACAUCACCAAGCAGACGCAGUCAAAGAUCGAUAUCCACCGGAAGGAGAACGCUGGCGCAGCGGAGAAGCCCAUCACUGUGCACUCUACGCCAGACGGCUGCUCCUCCGCCUGCCGCACCAUCCUGGAGAUCAUGCAGCAGGAGGCGCUCGACACCAAGUUCACUGAAGAAAUUCCCCUGAAGAUCCUGGCACACAACAACUUUGUUGGUCGUCUGAUUGGCAAGGAAGGAAGGAACCUGAAGAAGAUCGAGCAGGACACCGAGACCAAGAUCACCAUCUCUCCCCUGCAGGACCUGACGCUGUAUAAUCCUGAGCGGACCAUCACGGUGAAGGGCUCCAUCGCAGCCUGCGGCCGGGCUGAAGAGGAGGUGAUGAAGAAGGUCAGAGAGUCCUACGAGAACGACGUCGCUGCCAUGAACCUGCAGUCGAACCUGAUCCCCGGGCUCAACCUGAACGCCCUGGGGCUGUUCCCCUCCGGAGGCCCCGGCAUGCCCCCCUCCAUGAUGGGGGGGCCCCCUCCCGGGGCCCCGGCCACCUACCCGUCCUUUGGGCAGCCCGAGUCCGAGACGGUGCACCUCUUCAUCCCGGCGCUGGCUGUGGGGGCCAUCAUUGGGAAACAGGGCCAGCACAUCAAACAGCUGUCCCGCUUCGCUGGGGCUUCAAUCAAGAUCGCUCCGGCUGAGGGGCCCGAGGCCAAGCAGAGGAUGGUGAUCAUCACCGGCCCCCCAGAGGCCCAGUUUAAGGCUCAGGGUAGGAUAUUUGGGAAGUUGAAAGAGGAAAACUUCUUUGGCCCCAAAGAGGAGGUGAAGCUUGAAGCUCACAUCAAAGUCCCGUCUCACGCCGCCGGCCGUGUGAUCGGGAAGGGCGGGAAAACGGUGAACGAGCUGCAGAACCUGACCAGUGCCGAGGUGGUGGUGCCUCGAGACCAGACGCCCGAUGAGAAUGACCAGGUGGUCGUCAAAAUCACCGGACACUUCUAUGCAAGUCAGCUGGCCCAGAGGAAGAUCCAGGACAUUCUCUCUCAGGUGAGGCGGCAGCAGCAGAGACCGGGCCCCGGGGCCCCGUCCGCUCUCAGGAGGAAGUAAGGGCCCGUGCAGACGGCCCCCGGGGCGGGCGGGACCCCCAGGGCCCCGGGCCGGCUGCAGAAGAUGUCCCGCACCGUGUCGUCAUGCCGACGUCUCCGUGGAAACGGACCUCCUCCUGGAGCCUCUCUGCUGCCAUUUCAGGUUUUUUGGGAAAUUAUUUUUUUUUAUUAUUUUUUUUUUCUGCCCUUUUUGUCCCAAAGUUUUGGAACAGAAAUGUACCCUCUUCACAUCCUGAUGUGGUACACACUCAACACCUCAAAUCAACCGUUUGUUUUCGUUCUCUCCCCUGCAGUGGUGUUGGAAUCUGUUGAUGCUCCCGCCAUGUUAAAAUGGUGAAACGUUGCCCCCCUCGU